AUGACACCAGCAAAGACCUACUACGAGGAAGAGUACGACCCCUCCUCUGUUCUCCUUCACCCAGACUUCAAGGUCCUCAAGGCCGACGAUCCCAUCCUAGCCGACCCCAAGGCCAAUAUUGCGUGCACGUACAACCCAGCGCAUGAAAUCAACAUGGUUGCUAAACCAGUCCCGACCGCGCGGAAGGGUGAGGCCAUCGUACACGUCCGCUGCACCGGAAUUUGUGGCAGCGACGUCCAUUUCUGGAAGAAGGGGCAGGUCGGCCCUACCAUGGUCGUCCGCGACCACUGUGGCGCGGGCCACGAGUCGGCUGGCGAAGUCAUUGCGAUCGGCGAGGAUGUCAAGAACUUGUCUGUCGGUGACUCGGUCGCCAUCGAGUGUGGCGUUCCCUGUAGCCGCGCCGACUGCGACUACUGUCGUACCGGUCGCUACAACGCAUGCCCCGCUGUGGUCUUCUUCUCCACCCCACCUUACCAUGGGACCCUUACUCGCUAUCAUGCCCAUCCUGCUGCUUGGCUGCACAAGCUGCCCGACAACGUGACUUAUGAGGAGGGCGCGCUGUGCGAGCCUCUGGCGGUUGUUCUUGCCGGUUUCCAGCGGGCAAACGUGCGCAUGGGUGACAGCGUUCUUGUUUGUGGUGCUGGUCCAAUCGGCCUCGUCUCUCUUCUCGCUGCACGGGCGGCAGGCUGCCACCCGAUUGUGAUCACAGACCUUUUCCAGUCCCGCCUCGAUUUUGCUCAGUCACUUGUUCCAACUGCGAAGACGGUCCGCAUCGACCGGUCUUGGACUCCCCAGGAGACGGCGGUCAAGAUCCGUGCAGCUGCGGGCACGCCGUUGAAGCUUGCGCUGGAAUGCACCGGCGCCCAAUCCUCCAUCGCCUCUGCCAUCUACUCUUUGGACUUCGGCGGCAAAGUGUUCGUUAUCGGCAUUGGGCCCAACACGCAGGAAUACCCAUUCAUUCACUGCUCAGCCAACGAGAUUGACCUGCAGUUCCAGUAUCGGUACGCCGACCAGUACCCCAAGGCGAUCAGGCUUGUUGCGGGCGGCCUCAUAGACCUCAAGCCGCUGGUUACCCACCGCUUUCCCCUCGCCAAGGCGGUUGACGCAUUCCACGUGGCCGCUGACCCGACCCAAGGCUCUAUCAAGGUCCACAUCACCGACCUCUCGUAG